AUGGAUAUAGAAUUUUAAUGCACACAUUAUGAUUAAUAAAAUAAUAAUGAAGUUUUGAUGUUAACUUCAACUAAUUCGCUUACUUCUGAAAAAGAAGAGUAAUAAAACAAAAAAGAUUCUAACAAAUAAUUGAAAAUUGUGCCAAUUAAGGUUCAUAAGUAAAUAUUAAAAAGUAGGAAGAAUCCUCUUAAAGGAUUUGUUAAAAAGCUGUUUGAAGUAGUUCCAAUAAUGCCAAAGCAAAUCAGCUAAAAUCACAAGUAUUUGCUUUUCGGAUAUUAAGAAGUUGAAACAUAUUAUAGGGAUUACACAAAUCCAUUUGAUUUAGAUUUGAUUGAUUAAUCAAAUAGUAUUGUUGGAUUUUAGUCUGUUGAGAGAUGCAACAGAAAAAAUGAACUGCAAAUAAACCUUAAUUGUAAAGGUAGCAGUGGAAUUGUAGAUUUUAACUUUUUAAUAGAUCAUUUUAGCAAAAGCACAUCACAAGAUUAUCGUAAAUUAUACACAGAGCUUAUAAAAUACUAAUAAAUAGCUUAAUAACAAUCAGAGCAUAUCAACUACCUUAAGAUGAAACUAGAUUCUAAGUUAAUUACUGAAGAAUAAUUGUUGAAGGCUCGUGAGGAUUUUUUAUAAUUUAUUGAGAAUUAUAUUAGUUAGCAAUAGUAAUUGGGAUAUUAUUUUUAUAGUUAUUAGUUAUAUAUUGUUGAUGUGAAUAAAGCAGAUAUCCAAUACGAUAGAAGAUGUGUAUCUCUAUCUGUUUUAAGCUUAUUAGGAAUUGAACCUUCUGAUUAUGAAUAAGUAGUACUUCAUUAAGGAGAUGGGUUUGAAUGUAAUUUGGGUAAAAAGAGAAUGGACUAACUAUUUGAAAUGUUAGAUAUUUUUGUUAAUGGUAAUAGCAAUAAAUUCUUUGAAGCUCAUUUAAGAACUUUUGAUAGAAUUAAAAUUCCGAUAAAAGAACUAGUUGAAGUAGUAUACUGGGAUGGUAGGCCUGAGUGGGCAUCAAAAUUUGACUACGUAUUAUUGUUUGCAAAAUUUGAUUUACCAGCAGAAAGAAUUAAAUAAGUGAUUGAGAUCAGAUAAAACAAAUCCAAAUUAGAAAUGGAUCCAGACAUUGUUGAGACUUACACUUUUGACUAUUGUAUUCAAACCGAAAUAUUUUUAGAAAAAUUCUAUCCUGAUUUGUUUAAAGAUUUAAAGCAAAAAAAAUCAAUAAAAAUUAAAACUUUAUAGUAAAAUUAAAAUUAAGAAGAACAUAAUUUAGAAUGA